CUUCACGGUUUCACCUCCAUCUCUGAACAUUUCUGCAAAAUUCAAGCUCCAAUUAUCGCAUAGUUUUGUAUACCUGGAUAUCCUUUUGCCCAGGAUUUCAUAUUCGAUCGUUUUCAUUGAAUCCAUAUAUAUUUUUUUGGGUGAAAAUUGAAUCCGUAUAUAAAUUCUCAUUAACAAAUCAUCUUCUUCGCCAAUUGCCAUGCAAGAAUGAGCGGAGACCCUAAUACCAAUUUCCACUUGCAAUAUUAGCUACAAUGUCGAGUGAUCACAAUGCCGAGGCGGGCAGGACCUUGAAUCGCAACGCCGUUAAUGAUUCGCCGCUAUCCUCCGACCAUAAUGAUCCCCCUUCCAUCGCGAAGCACAUCCGCGACAUUCCUCCAAUCCCCUACCCUCCGGUGGAGGCGGACGACGGUGGUGGGAGAGGAGAUCCGUUGAUGAUGGAGGGUAGGGUUCUCGGUCUGAAUCAAAUUAGGACUCGCAACACUACGCCGCCAUGUAGGCUUUCGAAUGCCAUUUCCAUGCCUAUUGAUUAUGGAGACGGAGUCUAUUCGCAGUCUGGUUUGUUAUCCACUGCUGAUCAAUCUGCUGAAAAUUUUCCUGAACAAGGCAAAAGGGUCCUAUGGAAUCAGGCUAAUUCUUUAAAUGUCCUAUCACGCACUUGUUCGGGCUCGGAGGAUUAUCAUGCAGCUUUUGUUAAGGAAAUGAAAUCUCCACGGUAUCAAGCUAUACUACGCGUCACAAAUGGUCGCAAGAAAAGAGGACAAGAUAUUAGAAGUUUCUCUCAUGAGCUCAAUUCCAAAGGAGGCCGACCUAUUCCAUCCUGGAGAUCUCGUGCUUUUGGACGAGUGGAGGAGAUUAUGGCCAUCAUUCAUUCAAAAUUUGAUAAAUUAAAGGAAGAGGUAAACUCUGACUUGAGCAUUUUUACUGGAGAUAUAGCUGGUAUUAUUGACAAGACCUCCGAAUCCCAUCUCCAAUGGAGGAAAAAUUUGGAAGAUUUGUUGGUUAUAGCUAGGGAAUGUGCUAAAAUGUCACCUAGUGACUUCUGGUUGAAGUGUGAGAAAAUAGUUCAGAAUCUAGAUGACCGCAGGCAAGAGUUACCAAUGGGCACCGUUAAACAAGCCCACACCCGCCUCUUAUUCAUACUCACUCGAUGCACUCGGCUUGUGCAGUUCCAAAAAGAGAGUGGUUUUGAAGAACACAUUCUGGCAUCUCACAAACUCUGUGAUCUUGCCCAUGCAGAACGAAUUGUUUGCCCUAUUGGCCAAGACUUGAAUCAUUCACUGAGUGGGAAGGAAAGGAGAAGAAAUAAGAAAUCUCAGGGGCAUGACCAUAUCAGUUCGACAAUCAAUCAAUUCCAUACUAAGGAAAAUUUAAGUGUAGAGGUCCAUAUCAGUCCAACAAUCAAUCAAUUCCAUACUAAGGAAAAUUUAAGAGUAGAGGUUACAGAGGAAAGCACUGUAAAGAAUGUUGCUUCACCUUCAGGAAGUUGUAGAAUGUCCUCUUGGAAGAAGCAUCCUUGUGCAUCUGAAAGAAAAGGUGAAGUCCAUGACUCUGUUGACACCUCAUCUUUUAUUAAAUCUGACCUCUUGCAACAUAAAGAAGCAACUGACAAGACUUAUCUGGAUACUCCACUUUGCCACCCUGAAGUUUCAGAGGAAACCUCAAAUGAAAGGAGAGUAACCUGGGGAGACUGGGAUCAACAUAGUAUCUCUUAUGAGGAUUCAUUUAUCUGCCGCAUAUGUGAAGUUGAAAUCCCUACUAUAUUUGUAGAACAACACUCAAGAAUUUGUACAGUUGCUGAUAGAUGUGAUUUAAAAGGUUUGACAGUAAAUGAACGACUCCAAAGAGUUGCAGAAACUCUUGAGAAGAUACUUGAAUCAUGGACACCGAAAAGCAUUGACAAUGAGUUGGGAAGUCCUGAGUUAGUAAGACUGUCCACUUUGACUUUGCCCAAAGAGUUGGAUGAAUUGUCACCAAAGCAGAAUGGUCUGUCUUGUCAGUGCUCUGAAGACAUGCUAAAUUGCAUCCAUGAGUGCGACACUAUUUCUGUUACAGAUCUCAACAGUCUGUCUGAACUGCCUAGGAAGGAUUCAUCAGCUGGUACCUCAACACCUCGAUCACCAUUGCUGACACCAAGAACAAACCAGAUGAAAUUGCUGUUCAGUGGGCUCAAGAUGAUAUCUGAAUAUGAAAGUUAUCAACAGAUAAAUAAGCUACUGCAAAUUGCUCGAUCUGUUGCUACCAUAAACAACAAUGAUAGUUCUUUGGAAUAUUUGCUUGACCGUCUAGAUGACCUAAAGUAUGCCAUUCAAGACAGAAAAGUCGAUGCCCUUGUUGUGGAGACAAUUGGAAGACGCAUCGAAAAAUUAUUGCAAGAGAAAUACGUUCUACUUUAUGGACAUAUUGAAGAUGAAAAAUCAGAUGCAACAAAUAAUGCAGCUGAUGAGGAAAGUUCAACGGAUGAGGAUACGGUACGCAGUUUGCGUGCAAGUCCUAUGAACCAAUGCUCUAAGGAUCGAACAUCUAUUGAAGAUUUUGAGAUAAUAAAGCCAAUCAGCAGGGGUGCUUUUGGGCGAGUAUUCUUGGCUAAAAAACGGGCCACUGGUGAUUUAUUUGCAAUAAAGGUUUUGAGAAAAGCUGACAUGAUACGCAAAAAUGCUGUGGAGAGUAUAUUGGCCGAACGUGAUAUCUUAAUAUCAGUUCGCAAUCCAUUUGUGGUCCGGUUUUUCUACUCUUUCACAUGCAGGGAAAAUCUUUAUCUUGUCAUGGAAUACCUAAAUGGUGGAGAUAUUUUCUCUUUGCUGAGAAAUCUUGGCUGCUUUGAAGAAGAUAUGGCUCGCGUAUAUAUUGCUGAAGUUAUUCUUGCUUUGGAAUAUCUCCAUUCCUUAAAUAUUAUUCAUAGAGAUCUGAAGCCAGAUAAUUUGUUGAUAGGUCCAGAAGGUCACAUCAAGUUGACAGAUUUUGGACUCUCCAAGGCAGGUCUUAUCAAUAGCACUGAUUACUUGUCACACCCAUCAAGUUCCACAUUUCUUGAGGAUGAUAAACCAAAACUGCAAUCAUCACUUAAAAGAGAACAGAGGCAAAAGAAUUCAGUUGUUGGAACCCCAGAUUAUUUGGCACCUGAGAUACUCCUUGGUAUGGAACAUGGUGCAACAGCUGACUGGUGGUCUGUUGGUAUAAUUAUGUUUGAGCUCCUUGUUGGUAUUCCACCUUUCAAUGCAGAACAGCCUCAGCAAAUUUUUAACAAUAUCAUGAAUAGAGACAUACCUUGGCCUAAGGUACCAGAGGAAAUGAGCUUUGAAGCAUAUGAUUUGAUUAACAAGUUGUUGUCUGAAAGCCCUGUAAAAAGAUUAGGUGCAUGUGGGGCCGGAGAGGUAAAACAACAUACAUUUUUUAAGAACAUCAACUGGGACACAUUGGCAAGGCGAAAGGCUGCAUUCAUACCAGCUGCUGAACCACAUGAUACUAGUUAUUUUAUGAGCCGUUACAUUUGGAAUCCAGAAGAUGAAGAUUUUAAUGUCUGUAGCGAGUUUGAUGAGACAAGUGAGGCAGGGAGUAUUUCAUGCAGCAGCAGUUCUUAUAGCAAUUAUCAGGAUGAUGAGGGGGAGGAAUUUGGAUAUUUUGCAGAGUUUGGUGCUAUAUCCCCUAACUUGAAAUAUACUUUCAGUAAUUUUUCAUUCAAGAACUUGUCACAACUGGCUUCGAUCAACUAUGAUAUGGUUGUAAAGGGUGCUAAAGAAUCAGCUGAAGCUGCCAAGAAGCCACCCAAUCCAUUCCAUGAACUUGAAUGAAUCAACAGACUUUCUUCUUUCUUCCUCCUUUUAGCCUAAGAAGUUGGGAAGAAACAGAAGCCUUAGAAUGUUAUACGGGUAAGUAUAUGUAUUUUAUUCAAACUAGGAAACAGUAACGUGUCAAGGACUAGACGACAAAGUUGUUGCAGAUGCCUUUCACCGCAUAAAUUACCUGGCAUCCUGACACCUUGUUAGUUGUUAUGUAAUAUGUACUACUUUGAAAAUC